CAUCUCCUAAUUUUGUUCCAGAAGAUAGAAAACUCUUUGUGGGCAUGCUCAACAAGCAGCAGUCUGAGGACGAUGUGCGCCGCCUCUUCGAGGCCUUCGGGAACAUCGAGGAGUGCACCAUCCUGCGCGGGCCGGACGGCAACAGCAAGGGGUGCGCCUUUGUGAAGUACUCCUCCCACGCCGAGGCUCAAGCCGCCAUCAACGCUCUGCACGGCAGCCAGACCAUGCCGGGAGCUUCAUCCAGUCUGGUGGUCAAGUUCGCCGACACUGACAAGGAGCGCACAAUGCGGCGAAUGCAGCAGAUGGCUGGCCAGAUGGGCAUGUUCAACCCCAUGGCCAUCCCGUUUGGAGCCUACGGCGCCUAUGCACAGGCACUGAUGCAGCAGCAAGCGGCACUGAUGGCAUCGGUCGCGCAGGGUGGCUACCUGAACCCCAUGGCUGCCUUUGCCGCCGCCCAGAUGCAGCAGAUGGCUGCCCUCAACAUGAACGGCCUGGCGGCCGCACCCAUGACCCCAACCUCAGGUGGCAGCACCCCUCCGGGCAUCACUGCACCAGCCGUGCCUAGCAUCCCAUCCCCCAUUGGGGUGAACGGCUUCACUGGCCUCCCCCCGCAGGCUAAUGGACAACCUGCUGCAGAAGCUGUGUUUGCCAAUGGCAUCCACCCCUACCCAGCGCAGAGCCCCACCGCCGCGGACCCCCUGCAGCAGGCCUACGCUGGAGUGCAGCAGUAUGCAGGUCCAGCCGCCUACCCUGCUGCCUAUGGUCAGAUAAGCCAGGCCUUUCCUCAGCCACCUCCAAUGAUCCCCCAGCAACAGAGAGAAGGGCCCGAGGGCUGUAACCUGUUCAUCUACCAUCUGCCCCAGGAGUUUGGGGACGCUGAGCUGAUGCAGAUGUUCCUCCCUUUCGGUAAUGUCAUCUCCUCGACCGCCAUCCAGGCCAUGAACGGCUUCCAGAUCGGCAUGAAGAGGCUCAAGGUGCAGCUGAAGCGGCCCAAAGACGCCAAUCGCCCGUACUGAGCGCCGGCGGGAGCGUCCCCCGGGGGAGACCAGGACUCGCACAGGGCAGGAUGCUGAACGGGCUACAUUAAAAAACAAACCUCUCUCUAUAUAUAUUUAUAAAUGAGAACUGUUGGAUGACACCUUUGACAUAUCAGCCAAUAUCAAUCAAGCUGAAGACUCCAGACACUCUCUGUGACUGUUAACAUUUCUUCAAGGGAAGUAUAGCGUCUAUGGAGUUCAGAGGGCACGUGUUUGGGGGAAAAAAUACAUAUGGCAUAAAGAAGAAGAAGAAGAAGAAAAAUGAGGAAAAAAAACCACAAAAAAGGCAACUUUAAAAACAAAAUAACUUGAGACAAGAUGGGGAGGCUACCGGGCUGGGAACUGGGAAGAGCCGCUGCUCCCCGAUCCCCGGGGCUUUUCCAGCCCGUGGGCGCCUGAGGCAGGCUGGGGCAAGCGGUGUGGCGGGGCCUGGUCCCCAGGGGGCGGCUGGGAGGCCGUCACUGAGCAUCUCAAUCUGUCAUUCCUUUAGCUAUUUAGGGACCAAAGGACCAAACUUUUUAUUGCAGACGUGUAGCUCUAGGUCAAAUAGAGGGGGGAUGGAGGAGAACCUCCUUCCUGCCUCCUGGCUGUUCUUGAAACAGCUUAGAGCGAUUCUAUGAAAAAUGUAAUAAAAAAACAAAAACAAAACAAAAAAAACAAAAAAAAAACAAAAAAAGGAAAAAUAAUGCUUCAAUGCUUUUAAAACAGCAAGAUAAUAGUUCUUUGAUACUUUGAGAGGCGCUUUGAUUACCCUCAUUCAAGUCUAUGACACUUUCCUAUGGUUUUCUGUAUUAUAUGUCUGGAUGGAGCUGUUAAGAUGAACAAAUUGGUGGAUAUUUGGGGAAAGCAACACACAAUAUUAAAACUCAUUAACUGUGAAGUGUAAGAAAACAAGGAGGGGAAAAAAGGGACCGACAAGGCAAGAUAAUUGUUGUGCAAAGUCUGUAAAUGCUUCUAACUCUUCCCCCCUCUUAAAAUCAUAAUAGUUGUACAGAAUUUUAAAAAGGAGAAGUUUAAAAUACCUAUAUAAUAGAAGAAAAAUUAGAAGAAAGCAAAAAAUAAAAAAUAAAAUAAAAAGGAAAAAAAACCUAUAGAAGUUAGCGUUACUGCUAAAAUCCCAGAUGUUGUAGGACUGUACUUUUGUAGAGUUUAGACUGAGCAUCAAUCCCUUCUCCCCGCGAGUGCUGCUGGACGCCGUUGACCCCGAGGGCCCGGCCGGACGCGCCCAGACCCGUGGGCUGCUGGCUGCCCGCCGCCGCCGCCGCCGGUGGAGGCCGCGCCGCUGGCGGGAGGGCCCCGCCCUCGCCUCGCUUCGCUCCGGGAGCUGCGCGCGCUCGCCCGCUCUCCGCAAGCCCUGACACCUUCUGCUUCACUCGCCUUCCAUGCUUGCUCCAGAGACUUUCCGGGCAAGGGAGACCUGGGAACUUUCAUCUUAAAACAACUAAACAACACACACACACACAAAAACCUUAAACGAGAGAGAGAAAAAAAAAAAAACAAUCUUUGAAGAAUUUCUGAAACUGUUUACAAGGAAUUUUGAAAAACAGGGAUGUUUAAAUGAUGCCGGCUCUGUUUUUCUGUAAAUAAAUUUGCAUAUUUUGUAGGACUUUUAAUUGUAAUGAUAGAGAAAAAAAAACAAGGAAAACUAUUUAAUGAAAGCACGAUAUUUAUCUUUGGUAAAUGACUUUAGAGCAGUUAAAAAAAGACAUUGCUUAAAAAAACUCAGAAUCAGAAAAAAACACUGAAUUAUUUAAGAACACAUAUAUUUUAAAGUAUAACAUAUUUAUUAUAAUUUAUUUGCACCGUUGGGAAGACUUGAUUUGGCCUUCCGCCUUGACACCCUCUUCAUUGAUGUCCAGUUCAUCUGGAGGCCGGGGGGCUCUCGGACCUACCAUGCUUUUUCUUUUUUGCUUUAGAAGAACAACUGUCUGGUUCCUCUCAGGCCUUCUGCCUUUCCUUUCUUUCUAUUUUGUUGGUUAAUUAUUAUUUUUAAAAUUUUCUUUUUCUUUCUCUUGGCUCCUCCUUUUAGGAUGUCCAGAUGUUGUAAAAAAAAAAAAAAGCCGCAGUUCAGUACAACUGCUCUUUUCACACUCAACUCCCUAAAACUCCUUGUAACCUUCUGUAACUAUUGGAUGACGCUUUCUCCAGCUUAGCCCUAAAUAAAGCACAGUUUAAAAAAAAAA